UUGAACAAAUACAUAAGGUGGAGUAUGAAAGCAUCGAUCUUGACCAUGGAAAUUAAUGCCUUAUUCGCUCGGAUUGGCUUAAAAGACAUGGGGAAUCGAUUCCUGAGAAGGGGCCCAAUUCCUAUAAUUCUGCCCCACCCUUACCUUCUCUGAUCAGAUCUCUAUGCCAAAAACGAAAAAAAGGAAGAAAAACUUGCCGCCGGUUAUCUCUUCCUUACUACCGGACAUCGCCGCCGGCCAUACCUCCGAUCAGUGCUCUUUUGUUUAUGCCGAACGCCGGUGGGGGGGUUCUUUUUCGCAUGGUGCCGGAUUUGUUUGAGAGGUAAAAGAGGUGGGAAAAUUUGGGUCGGGGUUUGAACGGGGUUUUUGGAAUUUGUUUAUGAAAGUCGCAAUUUCGAUUUGAUUUUUUUCCCCUAGAGAAGCCCAAUCGCGGUGCUUAAACCCCUAUUUUCUCCGCGUUUUUGCACGUGAAUUCGAAUGGUUCUUUCACAGUGCAAUUUUGCUUCCGAAUUCUUCUAGCAUUCAACGAGCUCAGUUGACUUGCUGGUUUUGGCUCUGCUGGAAGCCACGUUUCUGCAUUGGGUUUCUGUUGCUUGAAUUGUGUUCUUCCUCUGCUGAAUCGGAACCAUUUUUAGGCCAUUUUUAGAAUUCUAGAUACUGUUCAAAGAUAUGAAGUUUUCAAUAUCCUCUGACCCAUGGGCGGUUUUGCUCCAUCUUCAACAGUAAAGGUUCUUAAAAGCAUGCGUACAUUUGUUGGUGAAGUAUGUCAAUAAUGAAAAUUCCGAAGCGUUAUUGGAUUGUUCUUUUAACCUUCAUCUGCACAUCUGUUUGUUACGUGGAACGUGUUGGCUUCUCGAUUGCUUAUACCUUUGCAGCUGAUGCUGUGGGGGUAGACCAAUCAAGCAAAGGCACUAUUCUUUCAACAUUUUACUAUGGAUAUGCCUGUUCCCAGGUUCCUGGAGGAUGGGCUGCUCAAAAAAUUGGAGGUAGAAGGGUUCUUCUGAUCUCAUUUAUUUUAUGGUCCCUUACCUGUGCAUUAGUUCCACUGGAUCCGAGUAGGGUGAUGGUCUUGGUAAUUGCUCGGUUGCUUGUCGGUGUGGCUCAAGGUUUCAUCUUUCCUUCAAUCCACACUGUUUUAGCUCAGUGGGUUCCUCCUCAUGAAAGAUCAAGAUCUGUAUCUCUUACAACCUCUGGAAUGUACCUAGGUGCCGCUGCAGGCAUGCUUAUCCUUCCUAGCCUGGUAAAGUAUAGAGGGCCUCAGUCAGUAUUUGCUGCUGAGGCAUUGUUAGGUGCCACAUGGUCUGUGCUUUGGCUCAAGUAUGCAACCGACCCUCCACGUUCCGAACAUCCCAAAGCUGCUGCUGCAGGUUUUGGUGAACCCCUGCUGCCAAUCAAAGGAAACCAGAAAGUAAGAGUAGAGAGCGGAGGAACUUCAACACGAACCUCAAACAUCCCGUGGAAGAAAAUCUUGUUGAGUUUGCCAGUUUGGGCAAUCGUGGUAAACAAUUUUACCUUCCAUUAUGCUUUAUAUGUGUUGAUGAACUGGCUGCCUACCUACUUUGAGCUUGGUCUUCAACUUAGCCUCCAGGAGAUGGGUUCCUCUAAGAUGUUGCCUUAUCUUAACAUGUUCUUAUUCUCGAAUGUCGGUGGGAUAGCUGCUGAUUACUUGGUCACUAAAAGAAUUCUAUCUGUUACUCGAACCCGGAAAUUCUUGAAUACCAUAGGCUUUGCUGUAGCAUCAAUGGCACUGAUGGCUAUCCCCAUCUUCAGAACUUCUGGUGGGGCUAUCUUCUGCUCAUCUGUGGCUCUUGGUUUCUUAGCUUUAGGGAGAGCAGGAUUUGCUGUGAAUCAUAUGGAUAUCGCUCCUCGAUAUGCUGGUAUCGUCAUGGGAGUCUCGAACACUGCUGGUACGUUAGCUGGUAUCGUCGGGGUUGAUUUAACUGGAAAACUACUGGAAGCUGCGAAGGCUGCCAAUUCAGAUCUCUCAAGUCCAGAAAGCUGGAGAGCAGUUUUCUCCAUACCGGGGCUGCUCUGCGUUCUUAGCUCUAUUGUAUUUUUGCUGUUUUCAACAGGUGAGAGAAUUUUUGACUGAGGUAAGCUUCCUUUUUUCUUCGUGGAACUUCCUCGCAUACACCAUUCAUGCCAAAAAGAGUUUAAAAGUGGCGUGUAGGAUAGGAGGAAAUCUUAUGACUUCAUAUGCCUCAUGUUUCUAUUUCUAAGUUAUUAUUAUUUUUUUUUUUUUUAUGAACUAAAAAAACUAUGUACCAUGAUUUAGCAUCAUUGUAGUUGAUAAUUGGUAUUUCUCUGUGACAUUUGUUUCGUGGAUUACCUAUCGUGAGAACUACAAAUUUUGUAA